AUGCCAUACCACUUUAAAAAAACCCACGACCCGGAAGGCCCUGCCGAGGCAGAGUUACAGUCCCCAGACGUCGCCUCCGUGGAGCUUAUGUUUCCAGAUAGGGGCUACAAAGCCUGGCUCACUGUGGUUGGUGGUCUGCUGGCACAAAUCUCAAGUAUCGGAUUUUUGAGCGCGUUUUCUGUUUUCCAAAGCUACUAUAGCCAGGUAACACUGCCCAACUCGAGCUCCAGUGCUAUCUCCUGGAUCGGUAGCCUGCAAAUAUUUGGUUGUUUCUUCCUGGGGCUAUGGGCCGGGAUUCUGUCUGAUAAACGAGGGCCCAAGUGGCCCCUUGCCCUGGGCACAUUUUUCAUGGUCUUCGGAACAAUGAUGGCGUCGAUUUCAUCUUCCUAUUAUCAAUUCGUCCUCUCACAAGGGAUCUGCAGCGGCAUCGGAUUCGGACUGGUGUUCACCCCAGCCCUUGCUGUCCAAUCCCAAUGGUUUUUGAAGAAACGUGGAUUCGUUGUUGGCUUGGUCAUGUCCGGCCAAAACAUCGGCGGUGUCAUCUGGCCAGUCCUCGUGGAUCGGCUCAUCAGCACUUAUGGGUUGUCACUGGGGUGGACGCUGCGCACCAUUGGCUUCAUGCAGUUGAUCCUCAUGGUGGCCGCCACAUUGAUGGUUCACCCACGGUUUCCUGAGAUCCCACGAGAACCGAUUCCUGUGAAGCGAUUCCUGACCGACAAACGGACCGCCCUAUUUACUUUCGCCACAUUCAUCUUUUUCUUUGGGAUCUACAUUCCUUAUGUGUGUCCCGCCAUGAAGUUCUACAUCACUCCCUACGCUAUGCAGUGGGGGGCAUCCUUCAACAUGGCGUUCUAUAUGUCGUCAAUCUUGAACACUGGCGCUUUUUUCGGUUGCUACGCUUUCGGUGUUGCAUCGGAUCACGGGCUUGGCCCCUUCAAUGGACUUACACUGGUGGCCUUCGGCUGUGCCGUGACGGCAUUUAGCUGGAUUAGUGCCAGGAAUAAUGCAGGAAUUAUUGUGUGGAGUGUGUUUUACGGGUUUCUCUCCGGCGCCCUCCAAGCCCUUUUCUCGCCGUGCAUUUCUCACUUGGCACCAGAGCCAGGACUGAUCGGUACAUGGAAUGGACUCUGCAUCAGCAUGAUUUCGUUCGCUGUUCUCGGCAUGGGCCCAAUCGCCGGAAAGUUACUUGAUAACACGGGUAACACCAACUACCUCCCCAUGCAAUUGUUUACGGGAAUAUGCUUGAUUGUUGCUAGUGUUUUGUACUUGGCUGCCCGCCUUCUCAUUUCUCGAAAGGCCGUGGUUUGA